GUUAUUACAAAUAUUAAUUAUUAAUUUUACAAUAUUGUUAAAAAAAUACAUACCAUAUUGAAAAGUACAAUACGAUAUUAAAAAAAAAAAUAUUUGACAUGCGUGCAUGUGACCGUGUGUAUCAUUCGAAUACACACAGACUGCGUUCCUUUUGACGCUUUCAGCGCGCUGUAAACAUUAUUCUGUCUUCGUGGUACAUCGAAUAUUAAACGAAGAUAGAGCGAUGCUUUGAGCGCUAAUGGCCAUUUUAACCAACUCCGAUUAACUUUAAUCGAUGAUUAAUCCAUUGGAAUUUACCAAUAGAAUUUGAUGGUAAUAAAUACUGUGGGUAUGUCAAUUUUGAAAUUUCAUUAGAUCAAGAUAGAGACAUUGCGCGAGAAGCUCUUGUUUUCAUGAUUGUUGCUAUAAAUAAUACGUGGAAAUGUACAGUAGAAUAUUAUUUUAUAAACGAACUUAAUGGAACACAAAAAAUGAAUUUAGUUAUAUCAUGUUUGAAAGCACUCUUAGAUUGUAAUAUCAGCGUAAUAAGUUUAACUUCUGAUAGUUGCCAAAGUAAUUUUGUAAUGGCAAAUUUGCUAGGAUGUACACUAAAUUUACAAAAUAUGAAAACUAGUUUUAAAAUUGAAAAUAAUACCAUACAAGUAUUAUCUAAUCCAGCUCACAUGAAAAUAAAAAGUAUCUUAUUCUAAAUUUUAUUCCAUUCUCUAAGGCCGGUAUUCAUAGUCGAAUCUUAUUUUAAGAUCGUCUCAAGUAAUGUCUUAAAGAUGCUAAUACGGCUCUGAUUGGUUGAUGGCAUCUUAAGGCAGUACUUAAGACGGCAGUAGUUAAGUCUUAAAUAUAAGACUUGACUAUGAAUACCGGCCUAAGAUACAUUUUCGGAUCUCAUAAAUUUAUAAUUGAAAUUCAUAUAUUUAUAAGUUAUUUCCAUCAUACUGUGCUGAAAACAUUCUAUUUUUGGCGCCAGUGAGCGGCCAUCUUCAGUUUCAUCUUCCUUUUAUAUAUAGGACAUCCGUCGCCCUCUCUGAAACCAAAUGCGAUCUCCUGUGAUUCUUUACUCUUUGGUCUAUCGUCAUUGCCAGACCGAGUAAACAAUCGAAUAAGGACAACCAGUAACAACGGUGAGACGUUGUUAAAUUAUUAUUUAUAUUGUGGAAUCGCUAGUAUAUACCUCGUCAUAUUCAAGUUAUAUUCUGAAUUGUUGGAAAUCAUAACUGUUGUGCUACACUUGAAUGAAAUUGAAUUGGAAAGUUUUAAUUGAAAUCAAAGGAAACAUGAAUUGGACGACUCGCAAAGCUUUUCACAAUUUAUCAAGUCGUCAACAAUAUAAUCGUUUAUGCACUCGUAGAGGAUUCCAUCUUUCUGUAGAUAAAACACACUUACAAAGUCAAAAUGAAAGUAAUAAUUCCUUAAUUUAUUAAUCUGAAAAAAAUCAUUAUCAUGUGACUUGUGGAAAUUUGGAUAGUGAAACUAAAGAGAAUUUAGCUUCCACUACUUACUUUGAAGAAACAUCUUUAGACUUUUCAUCACAAACGCCGAGUGCUCAUGAUAAUGUAGUAGAAGAAAUAAUACACGAAGAUUCACAACCUCAAAAUAUCGAAAUAGAUUGUUUUGAAAACUUUCAAAACCUUUUACGACAAUGCUGUCUGGACAUGAAUAUAAAUCAUCUUCAGACUGAAGCAAUUUUAAGAGUACUUCGUUCGCAUAAAUGUUUUCGGAAUUUGCCAAAAGAUAGCAGAACUCUUUUAAAAACAAGCCGUGAUCGCAUUAACUUUAUACCGAUUGGCUCAGGUGUAUAUUGGCAUAUUGGUUUUGUAAAACCAUUAGAAAAGCACCUUUCGUUUUACGCUGCAAAUGAAAUUCCACCUGUUCUAGAAAUAGAACUUAACACUGACGGUUUAUCAUUGAGUAAAAGCAACCCUAUGCAAUAUUGGCCUUUACAAUAUAGGGUCAUUAAUAUUCCUUAUUUCAAGCCAAUAAUUAUAGGUGUGUACAAAGGACUUGAUAAACCUUGCAAUGUAUAUAAAUUUUUUGAAAAUCUUCUUAAUGAAGUGAAAGAAGCUAAUAGACUAGGAGGAAUACUAAUACGAAAUCAUCACAUUCCUAUAGUGUUUAAAAAUUUUGUUGCCGAUGCUCCGGCGAGAGCUUUAGUUUUAAAUCAUUAUGGACACAAUUCUAGUAAUCCAUGCUCUAAGUGCAAAGUUAGUGGUUUCCGACAUGAGAAUCGAACGGUUUACUUGGGCAUUAAUCACAAAAAGCGAACAAAUGAGCAAUAUAUAUCUUGUGUGGAUGAAGACCAUCAAAAAGGAAAAAGUCCAUUAGCGGAUCUUGGAAUACCGAUUGUCACAAACGUACCUUUUGAAAUUAUGCAUCUGGUAUACCUUGGUGUUACUAUGAGGCUAUUAAGUGCAUGGUAUGAUGGCAAAUUUGGAUAUGCAGCGAAAUUACGUAGCUCAGAGCUUAAUGAAAUGUCUUCACGAUAUGUAGAGUUAAACAAGUUUUGCCCUAACGAAUUUGCUCGUCGUCCUAGAUCUCUUGCAAAGUUCUCUAAAUUCAAAGCGACUGAGUUAAGACAUUUUCUUUUAUAUGCAGCACCAAUUAUUUCGUUCGGAAUUCUAUCAGAAGAAUUUUAUUUUCAUUUGUUAUUGCUUAAUGUAGCCAUGAGAAUAGUCACAUCAAAUAAAUAUUCGAAAAGGCAAUUAAAAACGGCUGAAAAAUGCUUACAAAUGUUUGUUAUACAUGCGGAACAUCUUUAUACAGCGAGCUUUGUAAGUUACAACGUUCAUGGAUUACAACAUUUAGUUGAUGACGUAACGGAAUUAGGAUGUCUAGAAAAUUGUUCAGCAUUCGUUUAUGAAAAUAAUAUGCCGCUUUUUAAAAAAAGUAUUAGAAAUCAUCCACGUCCACUUGAGCAAUUUGCAAAUCAAUUACGAGAAAAAAAUUAUAUACAACAUGCACCUGAACGUAAUCCUGAGACUCAUCGCCUUUCUGCAAUACACACAAAUGGUCCUAUUCCUGAAUUUAUUAAAAAUACCAAUUUCAUACAGUACAAAAAAUAUUACUCAAAUAAAUUUAAUUUUGCAGUAGAUGAUUGCAAUAGUUUCUGCAAUAUCCGAGAUAAGUAUGUUUGCAUAAUUAAAAAUAUUUUGACUCUAAAUGAAGAUGUUUUUUUUGUUGUACAAACUUUUCAAAAUGUUACAAAUUUUUACGAAUUGCCAAUUCAGUCUUCAAGUGUCGAAGUUUAUAAAUGCAAAGAGUUAUCAAAAGGCUUACAAUUAAUCAGUAUAAAUUAUGUAACUGCGAAGUGCUAUAGUAUGCCAAGUUGGUCAAGUUCAUUCUCUUCAACUAAAAAAUCAGAAAAAAAUAAUGAUGAAUAUAUUGUUUCUAUUUUGUUACACUAUAUUAAGUAAUUUUAUCUUGUAAAGCCAAAUUAUAUACAGAGUGUUCCAUUUUAAAUAAAACACUCAAAUAUCUCUGAAACAGUGCGGUAAAUAAGAAAAUGUUUCAAACUAAAGUUGUACGGUCUGAAGGGGGACACAUAAUAAUAUAAAUUUUUGAAAAAACUCAAGGUGAUAUGGUGGUCAUCAUAAUUUUUUUUAAUGGAACUAUAUGAUUUCUAUUACAUAACAUGAUGUCCUUGAUUAUUCUGCACAUGUGCACUUUGUUUAAAACAUUUUUUUAUUUACCGCACCGUUUCGAAGAUAUUUGAGCGUAUUAUUUAAAAUAUGACACCCUGUAUAACGCGAAUGUCUUAUUAUAUUUGCAUAACAAAUUUUAGAUUUAUAAUCUGUCAAUGUAAAUCCUCCAAUAUAGUUUAUUUUUUGUACCUCAUAACUUUAUUAAAUGUUUUUCUAUUACAAGAUAAAAAAAGAACUAUAUAUAUAUAUUAUAUAUAUGUGUGUGUGUGUAUUGAU